AUGGGUUGCGGCGCCAGCACGAAGGUGGCCCCGGGGCCGCGGGGCCCGCGGGAGGGUCUGGGCGCAGGCAGGCCGGAGACAGCGGCGGAGGCGGCGCGGAGGAUGCGGGUGGCGCGCUUCCGAGCGCGGUUCGAGCCCCGGGUCCUAGCCAGGUAUGACAUCAAGGCUCUUAUUGGGGCAGGCAAAUUCAGCAAGGUUGUCAGGGUGGAGCAGAAGACCACCAAGAAACCCUUUGCAAUAAAGGUGAUGGAAACCAGAGUGAGAGAAGGCAGAGAAGCCUGUGAAUCUGAGCUCACCGUCUUGAAGCGGGUUAGGCAUCGUUACAUUGUCCAGCUCAUGGAGAUCUUUGAGGCCCAGGAUCGAGUCUACAUAGUAAUGGAGCUGGCCACGGGAGGGGAGCUCUUCGACCGACUCAUGACCCAGAGGUCCUUUACAGAGCAGGAUGCUGUCAGAAUCCUCCACAUGGUGGCUGAUGGGAUCAGGUACCUGCACGCAUUGCGAAUCACUCACAGGGACCUAAAGCCCGAAAAUCUCUUAUAUUAUCAUCCAGGUGCAGAGUCGAAAAUUUUAAUCACGGAUUUUGGUUUGGCACACUCUGGGAACAAAAGUGGUGACUGGACAAUGAGGACACUGUGUGGGACCCCAGAGUACAUAGCCCCCGAGGUCUUGCUGAGGAAACCUUAUACCAGUGCAGUGGACAUGUGGGCUCUUGGCGUGAUCACGUUUGUUUUACUUAGCGGAUUCCUGCCUUUUGAUGAUGAAAGCCACACAAGGCUCUACAGGAAGAUUCUGACAGGCAAAUAUGAUUAUGCACGAGAGCCUUGGCCAAGUAUUUCUCACUUGGCGAAGGACUUUAUAGACAAACUACUGAUUUUGGAGGCUGGUCAUCGCAUGUCAGCUGGGCAGGCCCUGGACCAUCCCUGGGUGAUCACGAUGGCUGCAGCGUCUUCCAUGAAGAAUCUUCAGAGGGUCAUCUCCCGGAACCUCAUGCGGAGGGCAUCUCCCCACUCUGAGAGUCCCGGAUCUGCACAGUCUUCUCGGUCACGUUCUUAUCACAAAUCGAAGUGUGUGUGGAGCAAGAGAAGCUUAAGGGUAGAAGAGUCACCACUGUCUUCACUCUUGUGAGCAGAUGACCGUUAAAACUACUUUAUCCAACUUGAAGUGAGAUCCGUCAACUUCAUUAAUGGCAUUAGCUCAUGAGAACUAUUUCAGCUAGAUUAAGGCACCCUAAAGCUCCAGGGUGUGAGAGCAUGUGGUUACGGUUGGAUAACGUUGACCUUUACUUGUAACAUUUUUUGGUCUGUUGUUUUCCCUAUAUCUGUGUUUGUUUCCCCAAAAUACACUGCUGUAGAAGAUGAAUGGUAUAGUAAAUACUGAAUACAUUUACAUAGUUAGAAGUAGAAGAUGAAGAAAAUCUCUUAAGAAUUAAGUGCAUUAAAUAAAAUACGAGAUUAUAAGAAUAAGGUAUGUGUGUGUGAAGGAAUGAUGAAUCAGGGACAUAGCAGAGAUAGUUAGAUAUGAGGAAUAAUUGUAUUUAUCCUGAAAUUACUGAUUAUGUUUGAGACCAGUGUGUGAUGUUAAUAACCACUGUGUAACACUCAAGAUAGUUACAAGUGUCUGUUAAUUUCAUAUUUAGACAGCAAGUAUUUGUGGAAAUUGUAAAAUAUAGGGCACACAAAGAUA